AUGGGAGACUGGUCCAUUCUUGGCCGCUUCCUAACGGAACUGCAGAACCAUUCCACGGUCAUUGGUAAAAUCUGGCUGACCAUGCUGCUGAUCUUCCGCAUCCUGCUGGUCACCCUGAUCGGAGACGCGGUGUACGGCGACGAGCAGUCCAAGUUCACCUGCAACACUCUCCAGCCGGGCUGCAGCAACGUGUGCUACGACACCUUCGCGCCAGUCUCGCACCUGCGCUUUUGGGUCUUCCAGAUUGUCCUGGUCUCCACUCCGUCCAUCUUCUACGUUGUCUACGUGCUGCACAAAAUCACCAAUGAUGAGAAGCUGGAGAUGGAGGACGUGCAGGCGGUGGAAAAACAGCAGCAUCCUUCCCCGGACGUGUCGGAGAGCGCAGGGUCUCGAGUGGAGGAGGCCACGGACGCCGACACCUCUACCGUGAGCACCAGUUCUGAGGAAGACUGGGGACUCCAGGAAGGGGAAUGUGUGGAGCAGAGCCUGCUGGAGGAGGACUUCAGCGUGGUGGCCAAGGACCCCACUCGGCUGUCCAGGCAGGUGCUGCUGAUAUACAUCAUCCACGUACUGCUGCGUUCCAUUCUGGAGAUCACGUUCCUUUUGGGCCAGUGCUAUCUGUUUGGCUUUGAGGUCCCGUACCUGUUUCGCUGCGAGACAUACCCCUGCCCUAACAGAACUGACUGCUUCGUGUCUCGUGCCACGGAGAAGACCAUCUUCCUCAACUUCAUGUUCAGCGUCAGCCUGGGCUGUUUCAUCCUCAACAUUGCUGAGUUACACUACUUGGGCUGGGUCUACAUCUUCCGCGUGCUCUGCUCAGCAUGUUCCGCCUGCUGUAAGCUGGAGAAGGAUGCCGUGGAGCGCUUGGGCUUUUACGCCAACUACAGGUCUCUCCUGCUCCAGCUACGACACUCACUCCGCAGCCGUGUGGUUCGGCGGGUAGCCGAACCAUCCGCGGUGCAAGAGAGGAGCGGUGACAGGGGUACGCGCGCGCCUGCUCUUUCCUUUGAGACAGACUUCACAGUGCAGUGCACCUCUAUAAGGAGUCCUGACCACAAGGAACACACUAACACCAAACUGGCCAGCAUGACCAAACUGGGCAGAGGCCAAAAACCCUGGGCAUGA